AUGUCCAGAGGAAAGCAGAUACUGACUGAAGAUGAAGCAGCAGAAGAUUCCAUUACCAGAAACGACCUCUCCCCCAGCAAGAGAGGGAAACUUGUUGUAGUUGGAACUUCUUCUUCAAGUAGUGGUCAGCUUUGUACUAUACCUCUAAAAUUUCCCUCCCCAGAAAGAAACGUCACUUGUGAAACUCUUUCCAUGAUUUCUCUCAACGAAACCACCACAGGAGUUGUUGUUGGCAGUUCAUCAUCAUCUUCCAGUGUUGUUGAACCUCAGGAUGCAGAUUAUUACUAUUAUCCUUCCAAUGAUCUCCCUUCGCUUAGCGACGAGCUGGAGAACUUGAUCUUCGCAAGGAUGCCAAGAUCAGAGUACUGGAAGCUGCUGUUUGUUAACAAGAGGAUCUUCUGGCUGGUGAAGAGUGGUGAGCUGUUCAGGAUCAGGAGGGACAUUGGUGUUAGAGAACCAUCUGUUUUCAUUUUUGCCACUGGGGAUAAUAGCUGGUGGGGAUUUGAUCGACAGUUCAGUACAAGAAGACAGCUCCCUCACUUGCCAGCUGAUCAGUGCUUCUCUUCUGGUGACAAGGAAUCUGUCUGUGCUGGAACCCAUCUCAUCAUUUCAGGAAGGGAGAUAGAGGGAGUGGUGGCAUGGAGAUACCAGCUGGAGACAAACACCUGGAACAAAGGCCCCAACAUGAUCCAACCGCGGUGCUUAUUCGCCUCAUCCUCUUGUGGCGCCACAUCAUCAGCCUACGUGGCCGGCGGGGUCACCGAGACCGGCUCCGAAGUCCUCAACACCGCCGAGCGCUACGAAUCCCGCACCAACACGUGGCACCGACUGCCACGCAUGCACAAGCGCCGAAGGCUCUGUUCGGGCUGCUACAUGGACGCCAAGUUCUACGUCCUCGGUGGCAGGAACGAGUCCGGCCAGCUCCUCACGUGCGGGGAGGCCUACGACCACGUGACAGCCACGUGGGAGCUGAUCCCCAACAUGUUGGAGGUGGAUGCGCCAACCGAGGUGGCAAGUUUCCAGUCGCCGCCGUUAAUCGCGGUGGCGAACAACGAGCUAUACUCGUUGGAGACCUCGACCAACGAGCUCAGAGUGUAUGUUAAGAGGAGCAGGAGUUGGAGGAGGAUGGGGAGCGUUCCGGUGCGGGCGGAUUCACACAAGGGUUGGGGUGUGGCGUUUAAGAGCUUGGGGAAUGAGCUUGUGGUGAUAGGUGCUUGUGACUCGGGAGAUGGGAUGGCGAUUUACAGCUGUUGCCCUCCUGGUGGUGGUGGUGAUGAUCAAGGUGAUGGUGAGCUUGAAUGGAGGCCGCUUGGAUGUGGCAGGAAUAGAUUGAGUAACUUCAUAUUUAACUGUUCUGUGAUGGUGGCUUGA